UUUCGACUUGGGGAUGAGACGAAUCAAGUAGUAGUUCACCCUUGCUGCCUUGCAUGAUCUAGCAAUGAGCCCAUAACCUGUUGAACUCAUUCUUGUCCACCCAAUAUCAACAUUCACUUUAAUCAAACAUUUUGAGCCUUCCAUAUAUCAUUUGCUUCGGUCACUUGGAAAGUUAAAGAAUGUUAUCAGAAAGAAAAAGAAAAUACAAAAUAUAAGGUCCGAACACAAAAGCAAAAUUAAGAUGGAAGGAGAAAACUUUCAUAGUUCCAUAUCCGCCAAGGAACCGCAUCUCUAGACGUGUGACGAGCUAAAGUUCCCGCUACCGAAUUGAGCUCUUGAUGAACAUGAGAGAAUGUAAUAAUCCAAUCUUUAUCCAACAUGACACAAGAACCGAUAAUUUUCUUACUCCAUCAAUAGCAAUUAACGUUUUUGUUGUCAAUAAAAACAUCAAUUGUUCUCUACAAUAAUUCUAGUUUCGAUUCCAUUUCAAAGCCAGUCAAGCACUGCUUCGAUCCACCCCUUUAUCCUACGCACUCCUCCCUGCUUAUCCUGCGCAUAUUUCAUCGGUUUCGGAACAACACCGCCGCUUCACACCGUCACCGCACCACCGCGCCCCGCUCUUGACUCUACUCCACAAUUUCGCUCUUCCGUUUCGUUUCAGCAACAGAUUGUACUGAUUGUGCGGAAAAUGAUUCGAUCUGCGUAUUUGAGUUUCGUUGAGUUUUUGAAAUUUUUGUGAAGCGCCUGUGCAGUGGAGUAAUACAUACUAAGCGACCCAAUUGGCCAUAAUCGUUGUCACAGCGCUCAAAAUCCGGACUUGGUGAAGGAGUUGACCCUUUGAAAAUGGCAGAGGAUUGGAAACGCACAGCUCUUCUUGUCAUCGACAUGCAGAAAGAUUUUGUAGAAGGAGGUCCUAUGCUAGUGAAAGGAGGGAAAGAUAUUGUCCCCAAUGUGAUUAAGGCUGUGGAAGUUGCCAGGGAGCGUGGAAUUCUUAUAGUUUGGGUUGUACGCGAACAUGAUCCCUUAGGAAGAGAUGUUGAACUCUUUCGUCGUCAUCUAUAUAGUCCAGGGAAAGUUGGUCCAACCUCUAAAGGAAGUGAAGGAGCAGAGUUAGUUGAUGGGUUGGUAAUUAGAGAAGGGGAUUAUAAACUGGUGAAAACCAGGUUUAGUGCAUUCUUUUCUACACACCUUCAUUCAGUCCUUCAAGGAGCUGGAAUUAAUAGUCUGGUGGUCACUGGUGUUCAAACUCCAAACUGUAUCAGGCAAACUGUCUUUGAUGCUGUAGCAUUGGACUAUAAACCUGUAACUGUUAUUGUUGACGCCACAGCGGCAGCGACACCUGACAUUCAUCUUGCCAAUGUGUUUGACAUGAAAAAUGUUGGAGUUGAAACCCCAACAUUACAAGAGUGGAGCGAAUCCAAAGCUUGAUCUGUAUCAACCAUCCUGAGGUGUUCAAUUCCAAGACCCAAAAAGUGUUGAUGCCUUUUGUCAUGUUAAGCUGUAAAGUGAACUGAAACUACUUAUAUUGCAGUACUUGAUUCCUGCACUGUUAAAUAAUGACAUAGCUAUUGUUGUUUAUUUUA